AUGAUGAGCCAAUUGGCUGACUUUUUGGAACAAGGACAAUCUGUUUACUUACCUGGUUUCUUGUCUAGUAACUUGUAUUACAAAUACUUGAAUGAUCUCAUCCAUUCAGUACGGAAUGAUGAAUUUAGCGGAGCCUACACUCCCUUUCUUGGCCAUGGACCAAAUAGCCCUCAUGAACACGAGCCCAGCAUAGGCUUAUCUGAUGGUAGUGUAGCACAGACAACAGCUAACUUUGUGCCCUGUGUAAAUAAAUUAAUUUUGGAUCGGGUUAUCAAAUUUCAGAUCUCUUCCAUCAUCAUAGAGUCUCGUAAAAUUCUUAGCCGUUGUGCUAAGUAUACAAGUAAAGCCAAAGGGGAAAAAGAAAAAUUCCCAGAGUCACAAACCAACAAAGUCCCAGCCACCAGUCCUGUUGCAACCCCAUCACCAAGCAGGAGCAAUGCACUUCUGGAAGCUGCAGGACCAAGCUAUGUGGCAAUCAAUGCCAUCUCUGCCAACAUGGACUCUUUUGCACGUGGCAGAACAGCAGUUCUCAAUCAACAACCAAUUCAUAUGGAAGCUGCCCAUUUUGGAGACUUAGGUCAUUCUUGCCUGAAUUAUAAAGCUGAAGAGACUAAUUCCAGACUCUCAAAGACUCUUGAACAAGUCCUGCAGGACAGCACUGCUCUCCCGUAUAUCAUCCAGUUCAUGGAGAUGCAAGGAGUUGAACAUUUGGUUAAAUUCUGGUUGGAAGCAGAAAGUUUCCGCUCCACAAGCUGGUCUCGCAUCAGAGCCCACAGCCUGAACACAAUAAAGCAUAGCUCUUUAGCAGAACCUGCAUCCCCUGCAAAUAGACGGUGUGAUGUUGAUGUACCGGUAUCGCUUGACUCCUCUGUGUCUCCUGAGCUGAAGGCAAAGGGUAAUCCAGUUUCUAGUGGUGAUAAACUUAAUGUUUCAGACCCCACAAGUCUGGGCUGCAUUGGACAAAAUAAAACUUCUCCAAAUCACUCAUUAAAUCAGGGUGGCAGUGAUUUGAAUCCAUUGCGUGUUGGGGCAUCAAGAGCAAUAACCAUUCAAACAGGGUCGGCAAGUCAAGAAUCCCAAAAACCUGCUUCGAAAGGACAUGCCCUUCAAACAGGAUUGAAAGGCCUAUCAGACAAAUUGAUGAAAAGUAUAGAGCGUGAUGCAGUUAAUAUAUUUACUAAAUACAUUUCACCAGAUGCUUCUAGACCAAUUCCAAUUAUAGAAGCAAUGAGAAAUGAUAUAGUAGCUAAGAUAUGUGGAGAAGAUGGACAAGCAGAUCCCAACUGUUUUGUCUCUGCACAAGCUGUAGUAUAUGUAAUGAUGGAAAAAGAUACCAGGAGCUGCUUGGAGUACUAUGACAAUCCAGUAGCUAUCAUGCACGGCACCAGAAAGGCCACAGUAAAAAUCCUGAAAAACUUUGAUGAAGCAAUAGUCGUUGAUGCUGCAAGUCUAGAACCAGAAUCUUUGUAUCACAGGACUUUUGCAGGGAGAAUGACAUUUGGGAAGAUAAAUGAACUUGGCCAGUUUAUAAGAGAGUCUGAACCAGAGCCUGAUGUAAAAAAGUCAAAAGGUUCCAUGUUUUCACAGGCCAUGAAAAAAUGGGUACAAGGGAGCACGGAUGAGGCACAGGAAGAGAUGGCAUGGCGGAUCGCCAAGAUGAUAGUCAAUGACGUUGUACAACAAGCACAAAGUGAGCCACUCGUCGCAAAGUCCACAAAGUGGACCAGAAUGUAAAGAAAACAUUUGUGUGUCUCAGCUAUGACUAAAAGGAGAAGAAUUGGUUCAUGUACUCUCCUCAUCAAACAGCUUCACUUCACGUCCAGCAGAAGCCAUCUCCUUUCUGUUAACACAGUCAUGAAAUGACACUGUACACAGUCUGAUACUACUCCGUUGUUUGUAUGAAGAAAACUAUGCAUUCCAGGAUCGCCAGCCUCCAGUUCCCCACACGUUUCAACGACUUUAAUACCAGUCAGGGUACUACGAAGGGUUUUCUUAUGAAGUUGCUGCAAUGAGUUGCAAAUCAAAGGAUUACAAAGCGCUAUUUUCUUUUCUGGGUUCUGGGUGUAUAGUUUUGGGAGAAUUUGAAGUGACUAUUAUAAUAGAGCUUUGCUGUGUUCUAAAUGGCACUCCAUUGGUUUGUUGCAGUCUGUUUUAUUGUCAAGCCCUUAGAUACCUUCAGGAUUUUUGUUCAAAAAAUCGGCAGAGUAGAAAAAACAAACUCCGAUUUUUGUAUUGUAAAGAUUUUUGAAAUUCUCUCAUGUUUCUAGCUGAUAUCUGAUAAAUGGAGAUAUUUACUCAGAUGCUACCUAAUUGUAUUGAGAUUGAGAUUGAGUAUUAUCACAGAAACAGGCAAACAAAGGCUGUGUGUAGGUUUUUGGUACUAUGUACCAUUUCUAUGUUUUCGGAUGCAUAAGUAUUCAUGUACUUAAUCUAAAAUCAUACCUAUUUAAUUGUGUUUGAUUUAAAAUACGUAUAUUGUUGAGAA